AUGGGGGCCCCCGCAAGUUUAGCGGAGGAAUUAAGACAAGUAGAGACUUAUGAAGAUUAUUUAGAUUCUUUCUUAACAGAUAAUGAUAGAAUUUAUCUAAGCGAUGUGAGCAGCAGCAGCAGCAGCAGCAACAGCAACAGCAACAGCAGCAGCAGCAGACAGCAGCAGCAACAGGAGCAGCAGCAGCAGCAGACAGAAGCAGACACAGCAGCAUGA